AAUAAUAAUAUAAGACCAACUGGUUGAUUACGAUGGAGUAGAAGAUGGGCCUAUAAAUUCAGAUGGUAUACCUCAUUUUUAACAAAAAAACAAUAAGCAUCAGAGAGGGAGAGAAAGAGUUGCAGAUAAGGAGAAAUGGAGGUAGUUCAAGUGCUUCACAUGAAUGGCGGAAUGGGAGACACUAGCUAUGCUCAAAACUCAUUGGUUCAGAAAAAAGUGAUAUCCAUGACAAAGCCUAUAACAGAAGAAGCCAUUACCAAUCUCUACAUUAGUUCCUUGCCAAAGACUCUAGCCAUAGCAGACUUGGGGUGUUCUUCAGGACCAAACACUUUGUUUGUGGUUUCUGAACUCAUCAAAGUAGUGGACAAUAUCUGUGGAAAGCUAGGGCAUCAAUCACCAGAAUAUCAAAUCUUCUUGAAUGACCUUCCAGGAAAUGACUUCAAUAACAUUUUCAGGUCCUUACCAAGCUUUCAAGAAAAAAAGACAAAACAAAUGAAAGCUGCAGGAGCUAGGCAAUGCUUCUUUACUGGAGUUCCUGGUUCUUUCUACGGCAGGCUUUUCUCUAGAAAUAGCCUCCAUUUUGUCCAUUCUUCUUAUAGCCUCCAGUGGCUGUCCCAGGUUCCUGAAGGGUUAGAGGGAAAUAAAGGGAACAUUUAUAUGGCUAGUGGCAGUCCACCAAGCGUGCUAAAGGCUUAUUACCAUCAAUUUCAAAGCGAUUUUUCAAUGUUUUUGGAGUGUCGUUCACAGGAAUUGGUGACAGGUGGUCGUAUGGUUUUGACAUUUUUGGGGAGAAGAAGCCAAGAUCCUUCUAGCAAAGAGUGUUGCUAUAUCUGGGAGCUUUUGGCUAUGGCUCUUCAUGAAAUGGUCUUAGAGGGGCUAAUUGAUGAAGAGAAAUUUAACUCCUUCAACAUUCCUCAAUAUACACCAUCCCCUUUUGAAGUGAAGUCUGAGAUUGAAAAGGAAGGGUCUUUCACAAUUGAUCGCUUGGAGGUUUCUGAAGUUAAUUGGGAUGCCUAUGACAAUGAAUUUAACCUCUCUGAUUCAUUUAAAGAUGGUGGAUAUAAUGUUGCAAGGUGCAUGCGAGCCGUGGCCGAGCCCUUGCUUAUCGGACAUUUUGGCUUUGAUAAAGCCAUCAUCGAUGAGGUAUUUCGUAGGUACCAGACAAUCAUCGCAGAUCGCAUGGCAAAAGAGAAGACGGAAUUUGUCAACGUGAUUGUGUCUAUGACUAAGAGGGAAUGACCAAGAUCACAUCACUUCUCCAUACUUUGUCACCAAUAAGCCAGUUACUAGUUAGAAAUGUACCUUGUCUCUUUAAUUAGUUUUUUUUUUUUUAAACUAUUUGCUAUUUGAAAUUUACUGGCAGAUUCGCACAGGCUAGUAUCAUGAAUUUGAGACUUGUGGUUAAGAGAUUAGAAACUAUUGUCAUCACAUCUCAGGUCUCACCUCUUUGUGGUCCUUAAUUAGUUAUUUAGUUUUUCUUUGAAUUGGAGAAAAUAAAUAUUGAAUAA